AUGUUCCGUUCUACCGUAUCCAAAUUAUACAGACAACCUACAAGAUCUUUACACUACAGCAGACCAACCUACUCUGUGGUUAGUGGUGUGAAAGAGACCUUAGAAAAGGCCAAUAAAAAGACUGGCGAGUUUUUGGCUGCCACUAUGGAAACUGCUGAAAAGACUCCGGAAACCGUCGGAGAUGUUGCUGAAAAGGUCAACAAGAAGACUGGUAAAGUGUUGGCUGAAGGCAUGGAAAAGGUUCAGAGGGUUGCACCCAACAAUUUAAGUGAAGCAGCUGAUAAGGCCAACAAGAAAACCGGUGAAGUAUUAGCUGACGGAGUGGAAAAGGUGAAUGCUGGCGAACACUUGGACAGAGUUCGUGAAAACGCUAAGGGCUACAAGAAUUUACAGGAUAAAGGACUGAAGGCUGAGUCUGAACAAAACCGUCCAGAGGAUGGAGUUUGA